AUGUCCACCAAGCCUCUCGUCCUGCUCACGGGGCCGAACGGCUAUGUUGGCGCCCAUGUCCUCCACACUCUCCUUUCGCACAACUACCGCGUGCGAGGGACUCUGCGCUCCCUCUCAAAGGCCACCUACCUGAGCAAGCAGUACCCCGAAGCCAGUGCUUCCAAGGACCUGACUUUCGUGGAAGUCCCCGACAUUCAAGCCCCCGGGGCGCUUGACAAGGCCGUCGACGGGGUGGAUUUCAUCUGCCACGUCGCGAGCCCGUACUUUACCGUCUCGGCCGACCCGAUCAACGAACUCGUGAACCCAGCCGUGAAUGGCACGCGCAACGUCGUCUCGUCCGCCUUGAAGAAUAAAUCCCUGAAGAAACUGACCAUCUUGUCCUCCUUCGCCAGCGUGGUCAAUCUCUCCAAGAGUCCUCGUCCGGGGUAUACUUACACAUCCGAAGACUGGGACCCCUUGACGCUUGACGAGGCCAAGCAGGACGGAAUCAAGGGAUACCACGCGUCCAAGACAUUUGCCGAGCGCGCGGCGUGGGACAUGUGGCGAGACGCAAAGUCCAAGGGCGAGAUCUCAUGGGAUCUGAUCACCUUCUGCCCGCCCAUGAUCUACGGCCCGCCGAUUCAGGAACUCGACGUUUCCAAGGGCGUGGACGGGUUGAACACCAGCAUCAAGCGGCUUGUGGUAUCCAUACAGGGCAAGGAUCCGAACUUUGCCCCCAAGGUCGCCACGCCGGGGUUGCCUGCUUGGGUGGACGUGCGGGACGUCGCCGAGGCUCAUUUAAAGGCGUUAUCGCUGGACAACGGAAUCAACGAACGGUUUUUGCUCUGUGGUGGGGUUGAUUAUUUCGAGGAUGGCCUCGCUGGCCUGAGAGCGAAGGGCGAGAAGGGCUUGGGAGACGAGGGCGCCAAGGUGGACAGAACCCAGCACUUCAGUCUGGAUAGGAGUAAGGCGGAGCAGGUGUUGGGGUUGAAAUUCACCAACUUCCAGAAGACGGUGGAGGAUACGUGGGAGCAGUUGAAGAAACUAGGUUAUUUCUGA